UCGGCGUCUCAGCCGCCGCCGCCAUUGUCCGGCGGGAGGCCGGGCGGGUGGUCUCAACGGCAGGGCUGCGUUUUUUAUUAGGGUCGCCUUGGACGUCUGUGGCUGACCUGUGUUCUGGAAUGGACCGGCAGGACGAAGCGGCAACAGUGGUGAUGGCCUCGCAGCCGCAAGCAACACAACUUCAGGAGCCAGUGACUUUCCGAGAUGUGGCUGUGGACUUUACGCAAGAGGAAUGGGGGCAGCUGGACCCUACCCAGAGGACUCUGUAUCGUGAUGUGAUGCUGGAGACCUUUGGGCACCUUCUCUCUGUGGGUCCUGAUCUUCCCAAACCUGCAGUUAUCUCCCAGCUGGAACAAGAUGCUGAGCUGUGGGUGGCAGAUAGAGGAGGCUCCCGGGCCUGCCAUCCAGGCUGGAUUCUUGAACCUGAAGACCACACAUUGCUCAAGGACAAGGACCUCCCAAAAAUGGAACCAUCCCCUAUUACAAAAAAGGAUGGGUUUGCAAAGGCUGUUCCUUGUCGUUCUAUGACAGGGAUAGAUCAGGAAAGUGAUGGCCAGAGGCAGGCACUCAAGAAGGACAAGUUGAAUGACCCCAAAGAGAUACCAGUUCAGAGUCAAAGCUACAAAAGUCUUGGACUUGUGGAAACCUGUGUUCUUGGUUUAAACACAGAUAUAUUACCAGAUAUUUCUGGAAGAGAGUAUGGCUGUACUUAUGGCUCAGAAGUUAAAAAUUCAGAACAUAACCCAAGCUUAGUCAGUCAACAGAGAGACUCCCCAACAACACAGCCCUUUGAUGACAGUGGCAGUCAAAAAGUCUUUGAUCAGAUUAUGCCCAUUACAGAACUCACAAAAAGUCAGGUGCAAGAUAAACCCUAUAAGUGUACUGAUUGUGGGAAAUCAUUUAACCAUAAUGCACAUCUCACAGUGCACAAGAGAAUUCAUACGGGAGAAAGACCUUACAUGUGCAAAGAGUGUGGGAAAGCCUUCAGCCAAAACUCCUCCCUUGUUCAACAUGAGCGAAUCCACACUGGAGACAAGCCUUAUAAGUGUGAUGAAUGUGGGAAAUCUUUUUGCCACAGUACACACCUUACAGUCCAUAGGAGAAUUCACACUGGAGAGAAACCCUAUGCGUGUCAGGACUGUGGGAGGACCUUCAAUCAGAAUUCAUCCCUAGGUCGACACAAAAGAACUCACACUGGGGAGAAGCCUUAUACCUGCAGUGUUUGUGGGAAAUCCUUCUCCCGGACCACUUGCCUCUUCCUGCACCUGCGGACUCACACUGAGGAAAGGCCAUACGAGUGUAAUCACUGUGGAAAGGGCUUCAGGCACAGUUCCUCCCUGGCCCAGCAUCAACGGAAGCACGCUGGUGAGAAACCCUAUGAAUGCCGACAGAGGCUGAUCUUUGAGCAGGCACCAGCUUUAACAAAGCACGAGUGGACAGAACCCCUCAGCUGUGACCCACCUUUGAGUCGAGGUGAAAGGACUCAACGGAGCGAUAGGCCCUUUAAGUGCAAUCAGUGUGGAAAGUGUUUCAGUCAGAGUUCUCAUCUCAUCCGACAUCAGGUAACCCACAACAGAGAGGAAGAACCACUGCGUGCAUGUAGCCGAAGGCGGGAACAGCCCUGUAGACGGGGCUCAAGACUCAUUCGGAAUCCACACUCAAAUUCAAGAGAGCUUCCUGUAGCCCAGGCAAAGGCAGGACAAGCAAGCAGAGCCCUGGCCUUGUUUGACCUUCAUGAAAUUAUGCAGGAAAAAAACCCUGUGCAUGUUAUUGGGGUAGAAGAACCUUCAGUGGGCAAUUCCAUGCUUUUUGAUAUCAGAGAAUCUAGAUAGGAAGAUAAUUCUUUAGAUAACUUUUGAGUUACCAGGCACAAACAUUACAUCGACAUAGUGUAUGGGUGGCAAGAGAAGAUGGCAUAAUGUCAGUAGUGACCUCUGACUUCAUAAGGAAAGUGGUGCCUCCCACACAGUUGAGGUUGGUGGUUCUCAAAUGUAUCAAAUUCAGUUCCUGUUUAACGACAGCCUUUUUGUUUGUUUUCUGAAACAAGGCCUGACUGGCCCAAACUAGCCUCAAACUCACUAUCUAUCCAAGGAUGACCUUGAAUGUUCUGAUCCUGUGUCUUCAUUUGCCUCCCUAAUUCUGAGAUCAUGGCUGUAUGCCACUGUACCCAGAAACAACAGACACCUUGAGAUAUCUUCUCCAUUAUUCCAAAAUGAGUUUACCAGUAAUAAAACCUCUGCACAGGCAUAGUAUGAAAAUAACAUAUGACCCCUGUUGUGUGUAAUUUUAAAAAACAAGCUUCCGCCUAUGCCCAAGACUGUGGCCCUCGCUCCUGUCUUAGCUCCAAAAUCCAUCUGUCUGUCCAAGAUCCCACUCCUGACUUGUCCAUUCCUCCCAGUUUAGCUCCGCCAACGGCCAGCUACUGCCUUUCCUGGGAGCUGCAAUUGCUCCCCCGAGUUCAUUGUAAGGGAUAGUUAAAGUAAUUUAUGGUGUACUAUGUCAGUGUGGUAUCUUACCAUGUCCCAUGUGGGCCCAUUUUAACCAGGAGAUCAUGGUCUGAAACUUUCAGACUGAUUCAAGAUAUACUGCUAUCUAUAAAAACUACCAUAAGGGAUUAUAUCAUGCCAGAGUGAUUUUGCAAAAUAGUGAUGAAUUCUUCUGAAAGUUUGAACAAAGCAAAAUGCUAUUGUAUAUGUGGGAAACUCUGCCUAAAUCUCAAAUCUACACAAAGCAAUGUGUGUUUCUAUGUGAAUUCAAGCCAGAAUCCUAGUUUAUGUAUCACACAGGAUAAGUCGCAUGUGGCUCAGUUCACACUUGACAGUCAUUGCAGCAUGCUUGGGUCCUGGGCUCAUUUCAGUACAUCAUGUAACACAGAAGUACCCACAGAAUUCUACAAUAUCCUCUAAAGGAGUCACAGCUCCUAUGAAAACCACUAUCUUGAAAUAUUCAGGGUUGUUGUUAGUCAGAGGUACUCACCUGCAAUAAUUUGUCCUCAGAGAACAUUUGGUAAGGUGUGGAGUCAUUUUUGUCCCUGCAACUUGAAAGAUGCUACUGGUAUCUAGGCAGAGACCAAGGAUACUGCUCAACAUACUUAAGUGCCCAGGGCAGCUCUUCAAAGAAUUUUCUAGCCCCAAAUACCAAUAGUAUCAAUAUGGAGAAGCCCUGAUAUAAACUCAACCCAGAAAGUUGGGGUGUGGCUAGGUAAUAGAACACUAGCCCGGCAUGUAAAAGGCCCUAAGUUCAGUCUCCCAUACGAGAGACACAAAUAAUAACUCACCUUUUCUAAACUGUAAAUUGAUUGAACAAUGCUAUACUAAUUAAUAGUCAUGUGAGUUGUUCUUAACAAAUAGAGUCAUGAGAGAGUGUGUGUGUGUGUGUUAAGUAAAUUUAUAUUCAGGGUGAAGAAUGCCUUUAUCUUUUUGUAUAAUCAUUUAGCACUUCACAAUGGAUGUUCUAAAAAAUGAAUGAUACAUUUUCACUGGGUCUCCACCCACCUCCUCACCCCUGUCCCUCCCUGUAUUAUUCUCACAUCCACCCCAGAAAAUCGUUUUGUUCAUCUCUCUGAAUAGAUUUGUAAAAGGGUAAGACUUUAAGUAUAUAUAACCAUAACCACUUUUGAUAUACAGGGACAAAGCUUUUUGCAUAAUCACAGUAAGCCCAUAUUGGGGUUUUGCCACGUUGGUAUUUGAGCAGUACUUCUGGGCCAGAGUUUGAAUGAAAGCAGUAACCUGGGGUUAUUGAUUGUACUCUUCUCAGCUGGAGCAAAAAAUAUUUAGGGAGAAAUUAUUCUUUUACAUCUCAAGGGAAAACAUUACUUAUAUCUAACAUACCAUCAAAUAUCUAGCAUCCAUAUAUUCCUGGUUGCUUCAUAAACUUCGUUUUAGUCUUUACAUAAUCUACACA